UCCUGCCGCAGCGACGUCUCAGGUUGAGGGUUCAUAGGUCAAAGGCUACACACGGUGCUCCACAUGCUGUGUUUUGUCAACACACUCUGCAAUGAUCAGGAAUUAACUGUAAAAACAUGGGAAAGCCUGGGAAGAAUAAAACAAAGGAGUCGGCAAAGCAAGCGGACAAGGCCGGAACACGUUCAUGUGACAAGAAAGUCAAACGAGAUGCUAAACCCAAGAGAGCCAAGCCUGAGGACCACCUGGCACACAUCCCCUUCCGGCUGCGGGAGAUCAUGAAGAGCAAGGACAGGAUGAAAAAGGGACCCCUUAAGACCAAAAAGCGGAAAGAGCCCAACCCUAAGUUCAGUCAGCCGAAGGACUGUCAGGACGGAGACAUACCUGUCCCCCAUUUCAAGAGGGGACGAGGCGAAAGCGAGAAAGCCUACGUGCGUCGCAUGGAGAGCGAGUCGCAGCACGUCCUCUUCCUCACCCAAAACCAGGUGGACAGGAAACCUGAGCUGGACGCGACGCAGGGCAAGUCCAGCAACAAGAAGGAAGCCGACAAGAUCAGAUUACAGAGGCUGCACCAGAAGAAGCUGAACAGACAAGAGGCUGAGAUCGAAAAAGAGAUGUUUAAAGAUCAUGUUGCCUUUGGUGAGGUUACAAUGGCUCCACCUUCUUUAACAGCCAAACCCAAGAAGGCUCCAGUCAGAUCUCAGAAAGCGUCAAAGGAGCUGCUUCUCACCUCUCUGCUUGGCCAGACUGCCAACUCCACCGCGAAGCCCUCCAUGGCCAGACAGAGAAUCAUGGAGGAGGAGCGGCAGCGGGCAGUGGAGGCCUAUCGUCUUCUGAAAAAACAGAAGCAGCAGCAGAUGGAGGCCAGGGCCGCCGGCCUGGAGAAGCUCAAGAACCUCCAGUGAUUUCUCCAGUCCUGAGACUCGGGGAGUUGCAGUUCCUCAACUGCAUUCAGGUCUGACGGCUGCCACCAGGAACAGUCCUGCAGUGAUGUGGGUCAUGGCCAUCAGCACUGUGUGUGUUACAUGUUUGGACCUGACAUGCCAGUUGUGGCGUGUACAACAAUGUAAUAAUAGACAUGCGAAUAAUGUUUACUUGAAUCCCUCAAGUUCACACAUUGUUUCAAUAAAUUAAUGUUUUUUUUUAGAUGACAAACUUCUUUCCAGUCUUCUAGAAAAUACUCAGAUUGGUGCCUGUGUUGAUUUACCACCCUGAUAAAAUGACAGCAUUUGUGACUGUAUAAAAUAAAACCUUUCAUGUCUCCAGGUACAAUUCAAAGAGUUUGCCAGUAGAUGGCGCUCUUCCUAUAUAAACCUGGUUUUAUUCUUAUUCUGAUACAAGAGCUUAAAUAUUUAGGACUAAAGUGUAAACAUGGCUACAACCAUGUCAGUCCAUCUAUUGGUUUUUCUGAAGACAAUAUGACUUCGUUGUUGUUUUUGUUUCCAACAGAAAUUAAAUUUGAAUCUCAGCAGCAAGGAACAUCAAAUACUACCAAAGAAAAAUUAGGAAAACACACCUUGUUUCUUUCACAGUGUUUAAACCGUUUUGUCUUGAAGACUUAAAUUAAAAUCUAGCAGAGCCAUUUA